UCCAGCCCGGUCCAGUUCAGUCCGGUUCCAUUCACCAGUUCGUCCCAGUCAGUUUGAGUCAUGCAGUCCCUGACUCAGGAGAUCCAGAGUUUCUCUCGGACGCGGCUGAGGAAGCAGUGCACCCGUGUGACAUCACUGAGCGGCCGUCGCAUCAUCGAGACCUGGAAAGGGUCUACGAUUACUGUGGUGGAAGACCCCGUCCCCCAGAGAGUGCUGGGAUAUGUCCCUGACACUUCCUGGGACUUGCAGGUUGGCACUGUCAAGCCCUACCUGCUGCUGGGUUCUCAAGAUGCUGCACAUGACUUCGGCACUCUGAGAAAACACAAGGUGUCUCACAUCCUGAACGUGGCCUUCGGGGUGGAGAAUGCCUUUCCUGACCUGUUCCUCUAUAAGACCGUCAGUAUUCUGGAUCACCCAGACACAGAUCUGCUGCCUCACAUCCAGGACUGUUCUGACUUCAUCCAGCAGGCUCGUAAAGAGAAAGGCGUAGUGUUGGUCCACUGCAAUGCCGGCGUGUCACGGGCCCCGGCUGUGGUCAUUGGCUUCUUGAUGUCCUGUGAAGGCCAGUCUUUUGACGCCGCGCUCUCGUUGGUCAGAUCAGCUCGGCCCGCCUCCUCCCCCAACCCCGGCUUCCUGGAACAACUGAGGAGCUUCAAAACGUUGACGAUUAACGGAUCCAAACACUGAGGCGGAAGAGAAAAUGUUCAAGAAAUAAGUUUGGUUUUAAUGAGAACAUUUUUGAAAUUAUUGGAUUUUUACAGUGUAGGAUUUGGAAUAGCACUAGAAAGGGUCUGCUGUGGUGUAAUGAUGCAGAAUAAUCAAACCAGAUGUGAGGUUGAUAAAAAAAAAAAAAAACUGCACACCACUUUUCUUUAAAAUGGUCUUCACACAAUAUACCACAUGCUGGAAAUGUAAGGAUGAAUCUAUUAAAAUCGGUUCAUCCAAAUCUUAUUGUUUCCCGCUCUUGGUUAUCCGAUUUGGUUUUGAGACUAAAUUACAAUAUUUUCUUGUUUGUGUGUUGUUAUUGAUUAUUGAUGAAGUCUUCUUUGUGUUUUGGUGCUGUCCUUCUCAUAGUCAUCUCUGUGUUUUGUUAAAUUAGAUUAAUGUUUGGGGGGGGUAUUCAUUCUCACAUUCACAAACUCCAGAAUGUUUUAUUUCUAAACAUAAAAAUGUAAAUGACAGAAGCAGAAAUGUUUGCUCCUCACUUGUAUUAAUUUGAGUUUGAAACCAUCUGUGAAAAACAGACAUAUUUAUUAGUGUCAAUAAAUCCA